AUGGUGAUGAAUAUUGUGGUCCAUUUGAUAAAGGAUGAAAAAAUAAUUGUUGAGAGGAUUAGAUGCCUGCUUUCAAAAACAAAGUUGCCCCAACGUUUUGGGGUAAAGCAUUACACACGAUGGUGCUUUGUUCACAUUACACAGGGUGACAAAUCAAAGUUUGAUGUGAAAAGCUAUGAGUGCAUCUUCUUGGGUUAUGUUCAAGAUGAGUUAGGCUACAAAUUGUAUGAUCUAGUUGAAAAGAAGCUUGUUAGAAGUAGUGAAGUUAUCUUCUUUGAAGAUGAGACUAAUGGGAAAAGUGAUAAAGCUAAAGACAAUGAGUUGAAGAAAAAAGAAAAUCGGGUGAAAGAAGAUGAUGUUGAGGGUGAACAUGAUGUCCACUUAGACGAUCUAUGA